CGCAGCGUUGUUCGGCCCAGGGCGGUUUCCAAGGACUCCUUCGGAGCCAAGGGUCCAGCAUCUCCUACUGUCCUGCCCACACUCCUGCCUACUGUCCCUGACCAUAGUCAUGCCUCGGGGUCAGAAGAGUAAGCUCCGUGCGCGUGAGAAACGCCGCCAGGCCCGGAGUGAGACCCAGGGUCUUGUGGGUGCUCAGACCACUGCAGAAAAGAUAGAAGAGGCCCCAGCCUCCCCGACUCCUGUUUCUGGGGGUACUCCCCCGGGCUCUCCUACUGCUGGCACUCGCCAGAAGCCUCAGGGAGCCCUUGCCACUAGCUCUCCUGAUGCAGGGGCUUCACGCCCAAGAUCUGCCGUAGGUGCCAAGGGCCAAGUUAAGAAAAGUAAAAAUUCCUCUCAGGCCUCAACCUCCAAUGAGAGCUCUCGCGAAGAUCCUCUAACUGGGAAGGUAGGAAUGUUGAUGCAAUUCCUGCUAGAGAAGUAUAACAUGAAAGAGCCCAUUAUGAAGGCAGACAUGCUGAAGCUUGUCAACAAAAAGUAUAAGGGGCGCUUCCCUGAGAUCCUUAGGAGAGCCGCUGAGCGCCUGGAGCUGGUCUUUGGCCUUGACUUGAAGGAAGUCAAGCCCAGUGGUCACUCCUAUACCCUUGUCAGCAAGCUAGAUCUCACCGAUGAUGGAAGUCUCAGCGGCGGCUGUGGACUUCCUAAAAACGGGCUUCUGAUGCCUCUCCUGGGUAUGAUCUUCUUGAAUGGCAACCGUGCCUCUGAGGAGGAGACCUGGGAAUUCCUGAAUAUUUUGGGCAUCUAUGAUGGGAAGCAGCAUUUAAUCUUUGGGGAGCCCAGGAAGCUUAUCACAGAAGAUUUGGUGAGGGAAAAGUACCUAGUGUAUCGUCAGAUGCGCAACAGUAAUCCUCCUCGCUAUGAGUUCCUGUGGGGCCCAAAAGCCCGCGCUGAAACCAGCAAGAUGAAAGUCCUGGAGUUUUUGGCCAAGGUCAAUGAUACGGUCCCCACUGCCUUCCCAACCCAUUAUGAAGAAGCUUUGAAAGAUGAGGAAGAGAGAGCCCAAGCCAGAGCCGCUGCCAGGGCUCGUGCUGCUGCCAAAGCCGCUGCACGUUCCAAGGUCAAGUCACGUCCAGCCGUUCCUCCCGCCCCUAGUGAGGUCUGA